AUGAUCCUGCCACCCUUCCUGCAACGCUGGUUCCUCUUGAAUAUCAUCCGACUUCUCACCAUUGUCAGCUGCACCCUCGUCAUUGCCUCUGCCAUCCUCACGCUCAGAACCAACUUCCAGCAUUACCCACCGCCCCUCCUUGCCUUUUCCUCCUCAACCUCCUCUUCCCCUCCGGCGCCCUACUACUCAACCACGGACAUCCCAACCACGUUCCUGGGCGUGUUCUGGUCGACCCUGAACCACGUCUCGCUCACCCUCGUCCUCUUGACCGUGCUCCUGUCCGAGCUGUCUCUGCCGAUCCCAUUGCUCCACCGGCUGUUCAAGAACACGCUCCCUUUUCUCGGCCCGAACUGGGGCACGGGUUUCCUGGGCGUGCUGUUGGUGCUCGUUGCGGCAGACGCGUUGAGCAGAGGCGAUACGGGGGAGUUUGCCGAGGUGAGCAAUUGGGUGCUUGCCAUUACAGGCGUCUUAAAUGUCGCAGUGGGGGUGGUGUGGAGAGCGAAAGCCAAAGUGGUGCGGAGCCCGAUGGGGUGGAAGCGGGAUGUGGCGGAGAAGUUGGAGAAGUUGGCAGAGGCGAAGGCGAACGCCGAAAGGGUUGUGGACGCGCUUCCUCUGCCGACCGGGCUUAGCGCAACCAAGGCGAAGGAUGGAGGGAAGCGUCAAGUAGGGAAGCUGAUAGACCUCUUGGGAAUGGCGGGCAAAGCUGUGUCGAAGAAGCUCGAGGAGCGGCAAGCGAACAAAACCGAGCAGGGAAAAGUAGUCGAUAAAGCGCAGCUCGAACAACCUCCAAUGUCGAUCUUCGUUCCGCCAUUACCGUCCGCUAUUGUCAGCUCCAGGGCCAAGCCCCUUCCACCAGCAUCACCAGUAGCCGUACCUGCUGCUGCUGGUUCAAACGAGAAGACCGCUUCACCGAUCCCUCCACCCCUCAUCAUCCCUCAGGCUGCCGCCACACCACCCCAGUCACGGACUUCCACCUGCUCCACUCGCUCCACGUCCUCCGUAUACACCCUCGACAUUCCUCCUCCCAACAACACCAACACGCACCUGUUCUCCACGCCCACACCGGUCCUCACAACCACGGACACCACCCUCUCCUCGCCGGCUAGACCAACCCUCAAAACCGUCCGCUUCCACCCAGCCGCCCUGCACCACACCUCCUCUCACAUCCCCUCGCUCGUGGCAUCCACCUCGGUCGAGGUCGAUGCAGGCGGGUCGAGGUUUCUUAUGCUGCCGUCGCCGUUGCCCGCUGCUGCUGCUGCUGUGAUGGAAGGCGAGCGAUCGCCGGCUGUGCUAGCGAGUCUGAAAGCGGCCAUGUUGGAGGCACAGGCGAAGGCGAGCGCCCAGCCGUGCAAGAAGAGUCUCUACCUUGGCAGCACGAGGUGGCGAGCGGAGUACGAGAAUCUUUCCUCUCUUGGUCCCGAUGGGCCGCAGCACCAGGAGCAGCCGCAGAAAAAAAUGGACGUCGAUCGACCGUACGACUUCCUCUAA